AUGUCGAAGCAGUGCUAUGCGCUGCACCUUUGGCAUGGAGAAUUGAAGUGGAUAUGCGCACACUGCGAGGCUCUGAUAGAGGAAUGUUCACGCAUUCUGAAAGGAGCCUUGCUAGGGGCUAUGACCACCAGUUCAUCACUAACCUCCAAUACCCGCGAGCCGAGACCAGCAGCGAAGCAGGUGGAGGCGGUGAAGCCUGGCGUUAAACAUAUUAUGAAGGAAAGCAAUGGAAAGGAGAAAAUCACGAGCACAAAGGGAAAGAAACCACUCAAAGGGGCUACGGUUAAACCGCUGGCGUCGAUAGAGGUGUCUGCACGUGUAGAACGUUUGAAGAAAGAUCUGCAAGAACUGCAACGCAGCACACAAGCGCUACUGGGUCGAGCGAGAAACGCCUUGCUGCAUAACUUUGCGGAGCCGUUGAUUCGUGAUAUUAAAGCGCGACGAGAGGCGAAUAAUGCAACAAAGGAGGCCCAAAGUUAUCCUGAGCAAACUAAACGCACCAAUGGCGCAUGGGGUGGGAGUCGGCGAGGCAUGUCAACGCAGGGUGGUCCAUCAAAGUCUAUCAGCUGGGUCACCAUUGAGCAAGUCCACACCCAUAAAACCGAAGCCAGAUGGGCCAAAAAGCGGCAACAAGAGGGCGGAAAAGCCGAGGCAGUCCCGAGCUGGAGUCCCCGGGAGGAAAACAGAUAA